UUUUCUACCGAACGCAUUUGAACAAGUACGCGUUCUCCCGUUGCCGUGGCAGCAGCGAGUUCAGGAAGAACGUUCGGGCGAUUAAUGAUGGAUGCUCGAGAGACAGAUCUGCUAAGUGACAAUGAGAACAUAGUUGAAAUGCAGAAUUUGGAAGAAGAAGACUUUGCUGUUUCAAAAUCAUCAGAUGCUGAUGCAGAAUUUGACAUGGUUAUUGGGAACAUCGAAGAUAUAAUAAUGGAGGAUGAAUUCCAACAUCUCCAGCAGUCUUUCAUGGAGAAAUAUUACCUUGAGUUCGAUGACUCUGAGGAGAACAAGCUCAGCUAUACACCUAUUUUUAAUGAAUACAUUGAAGUCUUAGAAAAACAUCUGGAACAGCAGUUGGUAGAGCGAAUUCCUGGAUUCAACAUGGAUGCCUUCACCCAUUCACUUAAACAGCACAAAGAUGAAGUCUCGGGUGACAUACUUGACAUGCUGCUGACUUUUACAGACUUUAUGGCCUUCAAAGAGAUGUUCAUUGAUUACAGAGCAGAAAAGGAGGGCAGAGCAUUGGACCUUAGUACUGGGCUGGUGGUGAAAUCGCUAAAUUCUGCUUCCGGUUCACCUCUGACCUCUAGCUUGGCCUCACCAUCCAGCUGAACCAAUGGGUUUCUCUUGUGAGCUUGAUCAGUCAACACGUAUGAUUAUUCCCAUUUAAUAAGAUGAAUAUUUAUUGAAAAUUCCUUUCCCACACAUCUCAAAACAAACAGCCAAUGUUAUGGUAACUUGACGGAAGAUAAUCUGUGUUUAAUUUAGGUUAAUGUUUAAACGUAAUGUUCUGGUUAACUGUCAGGUUAUCCAGUACGAAUCUCCUAACACAGCAUUCAUCUGUCAAAGAAUACAUUCUAUUUGGAUCAGUCUUUCAUAUCUUAUUGGUCACUUUUGAUGACCAAACUGAUGUAGGAAGCUGUAAUGAGCAUUUGAGUUGGCUGCCAUUUUAUUGCAUAUUUUCAUAUAGAACUCCUUCAUUUUAAUAGUUAAAUUCUUAUAUUUCGUAAUGUACCAAAAUAAUUCCUUUCACUUGACAAUCAUAAAGGGCUUUUCAGUACAAAAGUAUUAUACAGUGUGCCUGACAUGACAAAAGAUCUAAAAGAUCCAUUUUCAUUCUCAAGAAUCUCAAGUCUUUCUCCAAGCAGAAUAUUACAAAAUUAAAAAUAUAGUGUUUAUACAGUUACCAGAAACAACUCAAAUAAUCCCGUACAGUUUUUCAUGCUUUCAAUGUGUUACGGAGUACAUGUUUUGUAUGGCUCUCCCAUCUUGUGACAAUGGGAAGGAAAAACUUGAGAGCUUUUCAAAAUAAUACUUUGUUGGUUUACUCCCUUUUUUACUUAGAAGAAUGUGUUGUUCUUACUAGAUGAAUAUUGCGUCAUUGUGUACAUUUGAUUAUUGUUUGAGUGUGUGUGUGUGUGUGUGUGUGUGUGUGUAUAAAUAUAUAGACAUUUGAGCCUGUGUAUGAAAGAAAUAAAUACAAUAGAUCUUUAAUUAUAUUUUAGCAAAACAUUUUAAUGCUCAAAACUGUCAAUUGCAUUCUUAAGCAUUAAGCAACUUUAAAGUAAUGCAAGAACCUCACCAUUAAAUACAUAUUUGCUCAAGUCAUUCAGUGUAGCUUAGAAAAAAAAAAGGAUGUUAAAUGUUGGGGCUGGUAAGUUUUUUUUUUUUUUGUUUUUGUUUUUGUUAUCGCUUAAUGCUUACCCAGGCUGGAUUUAUUUGAUCAAACAUAUACGGUGGCCUAGUGUGCUCAACACACUGCAAAUAGUUUGACAACACAUAUGCUACAAAUGCUCACAACACAAACAAAUAUAUGUUUAUAUGCUGUCAAACAAUUAGAUGCACUCAUAAUAAAACUUUUGGUUGCAUAGUAUGUAUAUUUAUUAAGUGAAUUUGUAAAUACACACUCAUGUAUGUAUAAAUUUAAGAAAAAUGUUAUGGUUAUAUAUGUAACGUAUUCACAUAUACAUUAUAUGAAUAUAAAUAUCUAAAUGUAAAUACAUGCAAAUACUUGCAAUAUAUGUAUAAUGUAUGUGUGUAUUUAUAUAUUAGUAUUUUGGAUGCAGUUAAUCAUUUGACAGCACUUUGACAGAAAUUACUUUAAUUGUGAAAGCCUGGCCAAAUUACUUUUACAGCUUUAGUCUAUGCUUUUACUAUUAAAGUUAAUUAAUUAAUACACUGAAUAUAUAAAUACAAUACUGUAGUUAAACCAUGCUAACUAUAUAAAGCUCUACCAUGGGUUUACUACACUAACCAUAGUUUAACCGUGUUAUUUGUACAACUGUAGUUAUCCAAAUGGCAAUCAACAUACCAAACAAAACAAAAAACGUGGUUCAUUUUCAUUUUCUUUGGGUAACUAUAUUGCAGUCUGUGCUACUUGCACAUUUCAUUGUGUUGUAAGCAUUUGUAUAACUGAUUAAGUUUUCUUGAUUUAAUGGUGCUUUUUCCAUUUCCAUUUGCAAUGGUGCUUUCAGAAGCUGUUGCACAUUAAGCUCUCUCGGCCACCGUAAACAUACCAAAAAAAAGUAUAAUUGUAAAAUAUUAUUGCAAUUAAGAAUAGAGUGUCUAGGUGCUAAAAGCUCAGUGGGCAGUGUGCCAACAUACAGCACCAUUGUACUUCGGGUAUCACGAUUUCGCAUCCCAGUUUCCGGACCUUUCCCGAUCGCAUCCCAUCCCAGUAUUUUUUAAAAUAUUAAAUCCUUUGUAAACUUAA